GAUUAAACCAAUGUUGACAGAUGGAUUUGUGUUCAGGCUUCUACCGGGGCAGCUAAAAAGAGGACGUUGCUUGCCUGUUCAUGUGUUGAUUCACUCUACUUGUUGUCAGAGCACAGGAAGAAGCCUUUCUGCAUGAAACUGCUCUGCAAACAUGGCUGCUAAAAUCCAGAGUUUGACAGAAGAGGAGCGAGCUCACUUUCUCCCACUGUUGCAGAAUGCCCAAUGGGUGGAGGUGGGAGGACGGGACGCCAUCUACAAAGAGUUUCUUUUCAAAGAUUUUAAUCAGGCUUUUGGUUUCAUGUCCAGAGUGGCACUACAAGCAGAGAAGAUGGACCAUCAUCCCGAGUGGUUCAAUGUUUACAAUAAGGUGCAGAUCACCCUGAGUACUCACGACUGCGGUGGGCUCUCGCAACGUGACAUCACUUUGGCCAACUUCAUUGACCAAGCCUCCUUGAUGUGACAACAAAGUGGAGAAACUUGUGUGCCUAAAAUACCCAAAGGGUUUACCUUUUUUUGCUGGUAUUUACAAUUGUGCCGAGUGGAGUGUAAAGUGUCAAAUGUGUUUUUACAGAUGUUUGUUUGUGUACCUGAGGAAGCGUCAUUGUGUAAUGUUCAUCUUUCAGAAAUGAUUUUGCUAGGUUUUUCAAAAUAAUUGUAUUCAAUUUCAAUCAAAUGUAACACUGUGUAUUGGAAAAAAAUGGAUAAUUCCAAACGAGCGUUUGGCUAUCAUUCAUUUCAGUACAUCUGGAGUGUAUAUUGGCUUCAAACAUCUAAAAUAGUUUGUUGCAAAUCUGUCCUUUCUUCAUCCAAGAAAAAGAUUCCCUCCAACAAAAGAUCAAAAAAAAGCACAGUAUAUGUAUUUUAUUGAAAACAACACUAAAGAUUCCAAGUUAUUAAAUCUUAACACUCAA